CUCUACCUUGUCUUGGAAUUGCAGAAUGAAUGAAAACGAAAGCUCUCAUAAAUAAUAAUAGUAUAAUCCUACCAUUGAUUCAUUCAGAGGGGCAACAGUUGACUCGACGAACUUAGCAGCCCAAAUCCAUGGCGGCGUUGAUAACCAAAUUCAUCGGUAAUGGGUCAUCUUCCCUCCACUCCCAUGGCCGUCCCUUCAUUGUACUUCUUAUCCUUCUUUCCUCCUGCCCGCUCUUCGACGGUCAGGAUUUUCCCAUCGAAGAAGCGACAAUCGCAGACGUUCAGCAGGCCUUCACAGAUAAGAAGCUCACUUCCCGGCAGCUCGUCGAUUAUUACUUGCAUCGCAUCGAAAUCCUCAAUCCCCUGCUUCGCAGCGUAAUCGAAGUGAAUCCUGACGCAGUGAAUCAAGCCAGCAAAGCUGAUUCCGAGAGGAACGGAAGCAAUCCCAAUCCCAUUCUGCACAGCAUCCCGGUGCUGCUCAAGGACAGUAUUUGGACCGAGGACAGACUCAACACCACGGCUGGAUCGUACGCGCUGCUGGGGUCAGUGGUCCCCCGCGACGCCGGCGUGGUGGAGCGGCUGAGGAAUGCUGGCGCGGUGAUUUUAGGGAAGGCCAGUAUGAGUGAGUGGUAUAACCUCCGGUCGCUGAGCAUUCCUGAUGGGUGGUGCGCCCGAGCUGGCCAGGCCAAGAAUCCUUAUGCACAAGGUGGAAAUCCAUGUGGGUCAAGUAGUGGAUCGGCGAUAUCAGUAGCAGCAAACAUGGCAAUGGUGUCGCUAGGAACUGAAACCGACGGCUCUCUCAUCUGCCCUGCCGAUCACAAUUCAGUUGUUGCUAUUAAACCCACAGUUGGACUCACCAGCCGCGCCGGAGUUGUCCCGGUUUCAUCUCGACAGGAUACUGUGGGGCCAAUCUGCAGAACAGUUUCAGAUGCGGUUCAUGUGUUGGACUCCAUUGUGGGAUUUGAUCCAAGGGACUCUGAAGCCACACAGGCAGCGGCGAAGUUCAUUCCUCGCGGCGGCUACGCACAGUUUCUUAAUAAAGAUGGAUUAAAGGGAAAGCGAUUGGGGGUCGUGAGAGAUCCAUUCAUUGCCCUUUCGAAUUCUGCUGCUGCAUCUAAUUCAUCCAACACUGCAAUCCUCGAUGCACAUCUCCGGACAUUGAGGGAGAAAGGUGCGACGGUGAUAGACAACUUGCAGAUUCCCAACAUUGAUGUAAUCCUGAAUCCUCUGGAAUGUGGUGAGACGACGGCAUUACUGGCGGAGUUCAAGCUCACUCUCAACACCUACUUGAAGGAGCUAACGAAAUCUCCCGUCCGAUCGCUGUCCGACAUUAUAAGCUUCAACCAGAAUCAUCCUCACUUAGAAAGAAGUGAAGAAUUUGGGCAGGAGAUUCUGAUUGCAGCAGACGCGACAAACGGGAUGGGAGAGGAAGAACAGGUGGCCUUGGAGAAGAUGAAGAAGCUGUCCCGCGACGGGUUCGAGAAGAUGAUGAGGGAUAAUAAGCUGGACGCAAUGGUGACGUUGGGUGCUGACGCCUCGACGGUGCUGGCCAUUAGUGGGUUUCCGGCGAUCACAGUCCCGGCGGGGUACGACUCCGAUGGGAUGCCGGUGGGUAUGUGUUUUGGGGGGCUAAGAAACACGGAACCCGCCCUGAUCCAGAUUUCAUAUGGGUUCGAACAGGCCACCCACAUCCGCCGGCCGCCGCCUCUGCAAGUGACGAUGAAAUCAUUACAAUUGGGGAGGGAGCUCAAAUCAAAUCUGGUUAGCGGUUUCAUGUAAUUAAUGCUCUUGGGCCCUAUUAAACACUGUCCACUAAAAAUAAUGAAUGGGCUCUGCACUUUCCUUUCAUUCUUCGGGUUUAUGGCCCAAUUUUGGAACUUUAUGGUUGGUUUUUCUUAAAGCGGACCAUGUUUUUUAAAUGUGAAUGGCGUUUUUUUGUUUU